UGCUCCUGUCUCAGAAAAACAAAGUGUUGAUUCCACCUGGCAUUACUGUUAUCUGAAGUCACCUGACUUACUAUAUCGGCGUAGACGGAAAUACUACCAGGAACUAAGAAAGGCAAGUACGAAGCUAUGAUGACAUCAUUAUUCCUAUCUGUGGCUCUAAGUAUUUUCUGGAUGAGUUUCUCUACAUGUACCAGGGCACUAAAUAUACCAGUUGCCAUAACCAAGACAUGGAAUGGUUCGGAUAUAAAUCACCCUCCAGUUCGACUAGUCCUGGCACACGCUACUGACGGGCUGGAGAUUCGGGUCCACGCCCCCUUUUUUAAUGACCCUGGUAACCCUGGGGGACAACCUGGACAACCAUUUGAUGGUCUCUGGGACUAUGAAGUGGUAGAAGCCUUCUUCCUGAAUGAUCAAAACCAGUAUGUGGAAAUAGAAUUGUGUCCACAUGGCCAACAUCUGGUGUUGUUACUCAAAGGUUACAGAGACAGCUUCAAGAGCCAGCUUCCACUGCAGUUUUCUUCAUCAAUAAAGAACCAGACGUGGACAGGGACCGCCUUGGUACCGGCUUCUUACUUUCCACCGAAGGUUACAAAGUUCAACGCGUACGCAAUCCACGGAUCAGGAGCAGAACGAACGUAUGAAGCCUUGUAUCCAGCUGUUGGAAAUUAUACCGAUCCCGAUUUUCACAGACUUGAAUGUUUCCAAAGAAUUGACUUGAAAAAGCUUGUUCCUCAAAACUGGGCCUAUAACUACAGCUCAAAAGAAUGGAAUCCAGUAUUACAAAUCGUUGGUUAAAUAGGGAUGUAUUUUUAUUAACAUGUGAGCAUAAUAUGAUCAGUGUAGAAGAUCAGCAAUUUUCACCAAUUAUCAGUUAAAAGUUGCUGAAAGGUUCCUCCAUAUUCCUAUAUAAAUGACUCAAUAAUUCUCCUACAGUGCAACUUCACCGAUAUACUUACUAUCCCGUUUGAUAAUGAUCUUUUGUAUAUACAUUUGAUAUCAUAGAUUCAUUGCUUUUAUUUCCUUGGA